UUGAGAACGAAAAACCCCUAAAUCUUGAAAAGACAACAUAUAGUGUUCUAUCUGUAUUGUUAUUAAUCUAUAAAUUAUGUCUUCUAACAUAAAACAACAGGAGGGUAAUAAAACAGUAAAGUCUUUUUUUCUCCGGUUUAAGUGGAUAAAAUACGUCCACUAUUGAUUAAAUCUGUUUGACCCUGUAUCAUGUUGUUUGCGAAGGUUCCUUUAAGUGUGGUGUGCAGAAGCCUGAUACAAGGAUAGUCGGAGGAACUGAAACUCCAGAUGGAAAAUAUCCUUGGAUGGUCGCAUUGGCAAACUCUUCAGGAGGUUGGUGGGGUUGUGGAGCAACUCUUAUCGCAUCUGAUUGGGUUCUUAGUGCAGCCCAUUGCUUUUAUAAAGAAAAUUAUGAAGGAGUACAAGUACGAAUUGGGGCACAUCUACUUAAUAAUAAACAAACCUCAGAAGGGUUUUUGAUUCCGAUCAAGACCGUCAUAGUUCAUGAAGAUUAUAAUCCACGAACAGUAGAGAAUGACUUGACAUUACUUAAACUUUCCAAAAAGGUUGAUCUAAUGAAGUAUGCUCCAGCCUGUUUACCCGAACGAGGGGUUAAUUAUGAAGGAAAUACCGCCUGGGUUUAUGGUUGGGGAACUACAUCAUCGGGUGGUCCUGUAUCAAAUGUGCUUCUAGAAAUUAGUUUACCGAUCAUUACAAGGAAGGAAUGCGAAUCUGCUUAUGGAAAAAAGUAUAUAUUUGAUGGACAAAUCUGUGCUUAUGGAGCUGAAGAAGGAAAAGAUUCCUGCCAGGGAGAUAGUGGUGGACCAAUGACUGUAGAUGAGAAUAAUCAGCAUUAUCUGGCUGGUGUGGUCAGCUGGGGGAUUGGUUGUGCAAAGAAAGGGAACCCUGGAGUGUAUGCUGAUGUAUCCUACUAUUUACACUGUAUUGUAUUUAAGAAAGGGAACCCUGGAGUGUAUACUGAUAUACCCUACUAUUUACGGUGUAUUGUAUUUAAGAAUGGGAACCCUGAAGUGUAUGCUGUUGUAUCCUACUAUUUACAGUGUAUUGUAUUUAAGAAAGGGAACCCUGGAGUGUAUGCUGAUGUAUCCUGCUAUUUACACUGUAUUGAAUUUAAGAAAGGGAACCCUGGAGUGUAUGCUGAUGUAUCCAACUAUUUACAGUGUACUGUAUUUUAGAAAGGGCACCCUGGA